GUCAUACUCAUGACUCAUCAGAGAGACUGCAAGGAAGAAAUAAGUAUCACCCGGGAAGCUUUCCUCCGAUUCGUUUAUUUACCGGGGCUUUUCAGAUACGAAGCGUGGGUUGGAGAUUUCUGUUAUCGUACGAGCACGCAGCUGCAAGAGAGGAGGGUAGGUUGCGUUAGUAAAUAAUCUAUAGAUGUGGAGGAGGUCCGCUUCUUUCAUUCUCGAAAAGCGACAACUUAAAUCACAGCCACAAGGUCCACGACCACCGGGAGAGACAAAACCCCAAAUCCUUCUCUACCCUUCCGACGAACACACCAUGUCCGAAACCAUUGAAAACCCUAACCCCUCCAUGUCUGCUUACUACCAGACCCGAGCGGCUCACCAUGCAGUGGUCACCAGCGACUGGCUCGCCCAAGCUCAGGCCGCUGUGGGACGUAACCCGGCCGAUGCUACCCCGGACGAGAACACCACCAGUAUCUCUACAGGCAGGCCUUUCAGCGUGAUCGAUGAGUUCAACCGGUGGCGGCAGCAGCCUGAUCUCGCCGAAGCUGUUGCUGCUAUUUUGGCCUUGGCUUCCGUCAUUCGUUUCAGUCAGGCCACCACCAUGAUGGAGCUGGAGAUCGAACUGAAGAAGGCAUCCGAUUCUCUUAAAUCAGGGGAUGAAACCUCCAUCUCGUUGACUGCUGGGUGUGAUCUGUUCAUGCGAUAUGUUACCAGAACUUCAGCUUUAGAAUAUGAGGAAUUCAAUGCUGCAAAAUCUCGGCUAAUUGAACGUGGUGAGAAGUUUGGGGAGAUAUCUCGUAAGGCACGCAGGACCAUUGCAAUGCUCAGUCAAGAUUUUAUUUUUGAUGGUUGCACCAUUUUGGUACAUGGUUUCUCAAGAGUUGUGUUAGAAGUUUUGAAGGCAGCUGCUCAGAAUAAGAAACUCUUCCGAGUUCUUUGCACAGAGGGAAGACCAGACAGGACAGGCCUACGGUUCUCCAAUGAGCUUGUGAAACUUGAUGUUCCUGUAAAGCUUCUGAUCGACUCCGCGGUGGCAUAUAUCAUGGAUGAGGUGGACAUGGUAUUUGUUGGAGCAGAUGGGGUGGUGGAAAGUGGAGGUAUAAUCAACAUGGUGGGGACAUAUCAGAUUGCAUUGGUGGCUCAUAGCAUGAACAAACCUGUUUAUGUGGCUGCUGAGAGUUACAAGUUUGCACGUCUAUAUCCAUUGGACCAGAAAGACAUGGCACCUGCCCUACGUCCCAUUGAUUUUGGGGUCCCUAUUCCAUCGGGGGUUGAGGUUGAAACAUCUGCAAGGGAUUAUACUCCUCCUCAGUAUCUCACUCUUCUCUUUACAGAUCUAGGUGUUUUAACGCCCUCCGUUGUCAGUGAUGAGCUUAUUCAGCUAUACUUGUAGCCGUGGUUGAUAUUGAGCUCUUACAGCUGCUGCUGCUGCUUACCAAGCUUUGAGUCUUUGAGUGAAACAUCUUGACAGAGAAGGCUUUUCUGUCCCCAAUUUCUGCCCCAUGGCAUGCCAAGUGAGCAAAUCUGGACUGUUGAUUGGGGAGGUGGCACAUUUAUGUCAAUUUUGUGAUCCUCAUUCACACCCACAUGUUCACCAUCCCACCCCUCACCCCCCCCCCCAAAAAAAAAAUAGUAAUAAUUGAUGGUCCAUGAUCAUCUGAUAACGACUGAUUUUUAAACCUCUUCAGUUUGAUAUAUCACUUCAAUUUGAUAUGUUGUGUGCGAUUGAUCCGAAAUUUGACAUAUGAACAAGAAUUGUCUUUUUGGUCGUAGCCUCUUGUACAUUACAGAACCUAGUGGAUGUGAGCGAGUUUAAUUGUGGAAGCCCAAGGAGUGCCCAAGAAAUGGAGUUAACCCUGCAGUGGAGUGAUUUUAUUUUUAGUAUUCCUAUACUAGAUAAUUUAGAGAAAAAAUAUGACUGUUAUGAGUUAGGAUUAGAGGUAAGUACAACAGGCUUUAUGGUUUUUGAUCCAUGCAGGAUGAAGUAGCCAAUCCUGAUUGUUAGAUAAAUAGGAAUUGCCUCCUGGUAUUUUUUAGACGCGGAACUAGUUUGCUUGUAUUUUGAAUUUUCAACUAUUUUUUGAAAAUUUUUUGGCGGCAUGGUGAAUUACUGAAUUCCAAUUGGCCUAAAGUGUGACCA